UUGUUGGUGUUGUUUACUAAAUCGGAGUUUUAUAUUAGUUGUAUGUGUAAGUGAUAAUAUCUGUUGUAAUUGAGUAACUGGGACUUUUGUAAAUGCUGUAAAACACGAAAUGCGAAGGGAAAGGAAAGAGCUUCUGUGAAGUCAGGAAUGGAGGACUUGUGCUGAAUCACUGUGACUCUGUGGAUUUAUUUAAGGCAGCGGCUCGCGGAUGAUAGGCGCAUUUAACACGCAUGACGGGAAGCUCAUGGACAGCAGCGUACACUUCUGCAUCUGGACCUUGACCAGUCAUGGUUCAGUCAAGAACAAAAAACUGCUACUCUUUGGAUCCGAGAAGCCUAGAUUUAGAAAGAUGAAAUAAGAAAUAAGAACUGGAGGUUUAUUGUCUUUAAAUGGUCUUCAAGAUUGAGUGUGCGCAGGCUGACCGCUCAAACCACAUUAUAUAUUUAUAAUCUUUUAGUUCCUGUCUUUCUUCCUUGUUCUGCUUUAAAACCCACCUUCCUUUACCAGCUAUGACACAACACACCUGUUCAUUGUGGUCAACCAAUAGUUUUUAAUGGUUGAUGCAGGUAUCUUAAAAAUGUGUAUUCUACAUAUUCAAGUUAAAAGUAAUUCAUUGGAAAGAAAUGAAUCCAUUAAAUUGAACAGAUGUAUGCUUCAUAUAGAACUUGAUUCUGUAAUCCUAUUAUCAUAUUUUUCAGAAAUAAAGAAGUUGCGCAAAUCUGUGCCGAUAAGACUGAAAGCAAAGCAUCUCUCAUAGCAGAUUGUUAUUUCUGUUUGUCUAACAUCAUUCUCUGUUAUUAUAUCAGGGUUCUAUGCCUUCUGGUGGAAGAUGUCACUUAUUAAAACAAUUUAAUUACACACUUGAGUCUGUGAUAUUUGUAUUAUGUUUUAUAAGAGCAAGGCACUCAAGGAUUUUGCAGCACAUGUGAAUUUAAUCGUUCUGCUGUGUCAAACCUAACAAUGGUUUUAAGAUUUGACUACAUUCACAAUAUUGUGACUUUAUUCCAUGUACAUUUUCACUUAAUCAAUUUAUUUGACAUUUACAGGUUUCAGAGAUACAUAAAUCCAGACAAUGACUUCAGACAGCAGAGCUAGUAAAGCCCUGAAGGUGAAGAGGGAAUGCGGGGAGAACGUCCCAGUGCUGUCCGACAGUGAGCUCAUGUCGCUGUCUGUGCGCGAGCUCAACAUGCACUUACGGGGUUUGUCACGCGAGGAAGUGCAGAAGUUGAAGCAGAGGCGGCGCACAUUGAAAAACCGCGGCUACGCGGCGAGCUGUCGGGUAAAGCGUGUGUCCCAGCGUGAAGCCCUGGAGCAGCAGAAGAAGGAGCUGCAGCGGGAGGUGGAGCGGCUGGGGGCCGAGAACGCAGGUAUGAGGCGGGAGCUGGAAGGGCUGGGUGCUCGUCUCGCGGCCCUGCAGCGCUUCGCCAGAGGUUUGGAGUCCGGAGGAGGCAGUCUGCUGGCCACCACACCCCGCCUGAACACAGCCUCCGUCAUUACCAUAGUGAAGUCACCGAAGCAGGUGCACACCCCCAGAGAGCAAGGAGCAUCCUAGGGCACCACGCUCACAUGGAUGCACAGACAAACAUAGGUACACAGUAUGAUCACACAGACAGACCAUGUAUACUCACAUAUACAGGAAGAAAAACAAGUACCAGUUGGGAAUUACAGAUUCACUUAAAUAUAUAAACACACAGAGACUGUAUAUACAGUCUUGUAAAUGUCCAAGAAUAAUCUCAGUACUGUUGUUGUGGCCUCUAAUAUCAUGACAAGUGUAUAAGUCUGCACAAAGCUAUUGCUAAUGAUAGCUUUAACGCUAUUUAUGCCCAUUACUGUGCUUUCUGGAUGGUGAUACGUGUUUAAAAAAAUAAUUGUCGUAACAACUUGUCUUCAACAUUUCUGAAGCUGGUUAGUUUUGCUGGAUUAUGUCCAUGGUAUUAAUGAAUCGCGGGACUAGAGAACGUGCAGAUCUAUUGAUACAUGCCAUUUAUAUAUUUUAAUGUUUGUAUAAAAGACAAAUGUUCAACAACAGACAUAGAAGCUAUUUUAUUUGUGUUCGAAAUAUGAUGUUUGAAGGUAAUUUGAGCUGUGAUUGGUCUAAAUAUCUGAUCGACUAGUUUGGGGUCAUUGUUUGAGUUGUGUAUUUUUUGUAAUGUUUACUUGUUGUAAUGAGUUAGCAGUUUAGUAAUGGUAAGGUAUACAGCCUUAUUACCCGUAAAUGAUUCAGUACUUGUGAGGGUCAUAUUUGUACUAAUAUUAGAGCGACUUGUUUGUAGUGGUAUUUUUGUAUUUAAAACCAAGACCAUAUAUAUACAUAUUAUUUGCUAUUUAUGAUUAAAACGUAGUAAAACGGAGUAUUUUGGACAGCUGGAAUAUUAAAAAAAUUCCAUUAGAAGGAAAAGAGAGUGGAAGGGGAAUCUGAGGAAGAUGUGAAAAUAGAGGACAAAGGGGAAGAGAGCAGCCAGAAGGAGAAGUGAGCACUUGCAGCUCAUAUGGGAGGGAGAAAAAAGGAGGAUAAGAAAGUGACGGAAGGAAAGUGAAAGACAAAAAUAAUGUCACAUGUACAUCACAUUAACCCGUGGUCGUCAGGAUGACUUGCUGACUACAAGCCUGGUUUACUCCAGUAAACAGGGUGACACUGUAUGAUCAGGUAAUGGAAAUCUCUGCUGAUCAUAUCCCUGAACAAUGUGCAGAACGUUUUAUAAGAGGGCAGAGCUAAACAAAAAAAAUAAAUAAACCCAACAACAACUGAUGUUUGUAUUUAUUAUCUGUAUUUUUCUAUGGUAAAUUCAUUGUCUAUUUUAUAUCAUUUAAUUGAAAUAAAUGUUGUAUAUAUUGUAUAUACAAAAAUGUGUAUUCACUGAGUAAAAACAAAUCUCACAAAUG